AUGGGUCGGCAGCCGUGCUGCGACAAGGUGGGGCUGAAGAAGGGCCCGUGGACGGCGGAGGAGGACCAGAAGCUCGUCAGCUUCAUCCUCCUCGGCAACGGCCAGUGCUGCUGGCGCGCCGUCCCCAAGCUCGCCGGGCUGCUGCGGUGCGGGAAGAGCUGCCGGCUGCGGUGGACCAACUACCUGCGGCCGGACCUCAAGAGGGGCCUGCUCUCCGACGCCGAGGAGAAGCUCGUCAUCGACCUGCAUGCUCAGCUCGGCAACAGGUGGUCCAAGAUUGCGUCGCACUUGCCAGGGCGAACGGACAACGAGAUCAAGAACCACUGGAACACCCACAUCAAGAAGAAGCUCAAGAAGAUGGGGAUCGACCCGCUCACCCACAAGCCCCUCUGCCCGUCGUUGUCCCCUGAUCCGCAGCAGCUGCAGAGCCCACCGCCCACCGCCACCACCGCUGGCUCGCCGGAAGCGCAGCCAUCGCCGCCAUCUCCGUUACGGAAGCCUCCAGAGCAGGAGAAGACAGCCGCAGCACCGGUGACGCCACCGCCGGCGGCGACGACAGCUAGCCAGCAAGAACUAGCAGGCGACGAUGACGAGACGCUCCUUAGCAACUCUCCAGGCUUCUGCACCGACGAGGUACCCAUGAUGCACCCGGACGAGAUCAUGGCGCCACUAAGCGGCGACCUGCAGACACCGCCAUUGCCGACGUCGACGACGACUUUCUCACCGCCCGCCGGCGCCGCCGCUGCCGCCGUCUCGACGCCCACGACGUCCUACUCUGCAGCCUCGGCGUCAUCGUCUUCCUGGAGCCGCGACGAGGAGGCGCUGUUCCCGCUCAUGUACAUGGAGUUCCCGGUCCCGGAGAAUAUGUUCCAGAUGGGGCUAGACGACAUGGUCCCGUCGUGGGACGACUCCUUGGCGCAGCCACCGCUGUCGCCAUCGCUGCCGGUCUACGAGGACUAUGCGUACCAGCUGCAGAUGAGCGGCUUUGCGUUUGACCCGGAGCCAGGGAACAAGAUUCAGCUCUUCAAUAGCUAUUAA